CAUCAGUCUCGAGACCUGCCAGAUGGGUUCAAGCUGAGGAUGGAUGUAUACCGCGCGGCGUGGAAGGAUUGCUUGGCUCGGGUCCAGUCUAUUAUAGAGGAGCUGCAUUCACCCCGACUACAAGAAAUCACCGAGCAAGUUCAUUCCGCGCAUUUACCAUCCCGAACUCUCUCCAACCUACCACAUCCCGAAAUCCCCACAUUCUGCGUCCAUGGUGAGCACUACCUUUCCAAAACUAUGUUCAUCUACCAAAGUCCACCUCCCUCAGGCCCUCUGACAUAUCUGGAUGAUGUGACAACUAAGGUGCUCGAACCUCCAAAUGUAUCAGGAUGCCAUCUCUACCCGUCCGACUGUACGAAUAUCACAGCAGCGAUGAAAUCAUUGGUUUCGACAUUUACUCAGAGAGACGUUGCAGAAGGUGUCUCGAGGAAAUGGCCAUCGGCAUCACUAGCAUCGUACGACAUCCACACGCUUGUUUCCUGGUACGAGCAUCUUGAGGAAGAUGAAUGUUCGCAACUCAUUGUCAUAUUUCACCAGUUUGAGCAGUUCGAGUCAUCAGUACUGGAGGAUUUCUUCUAUAUCUGCAGCCUGGUAGUCUCGAAGUUGCCAUUUGUCUUCAUAUUUUCCAUGUCCUCCCCGCCGACACCAUCCUAUCUACAUGCGACGUAUUCUCGAGAUGCCCUCACGCUACUGCGGGUGAAGACCAUGGUCGCGCCGCAAGGGUGGUCGCUUGUGAAAGCGGUUCUAGAGCAGACAUUCUUUGCUCUUGACUUUGAGCCCGAUAUCAUGAUCGGACCUCCCGUCCUAGAAUACAUCUUGGACUACUUCAAGCGGUAUAAUUCGUCCAACGACGCAAUUCUGACCAUCUUGCAACUAACCUUCAUGAAACACUUUGAUGAGCCGCUGACGAUACUCGCUCGCGACUCCUUCCUGAGCACCGAAUCCCUCGCGGAAGCAGACGCAAAACUAUCCGAACCCCCAUCUUUCCCCUUCCUUGACUCCCUCCUCUCGCGCGUCGCGCUUCCCCCGUUAUCCAGCGGGUCCCUCGAUGUCGACGUGUCCGACCACGAAAGCGACUGGCCGGACCGGAGUAUCGCCACCCUGCUCGAGUCUGUCGACGCAGCGCGCGCGCGCUUCAGGGCACGCUCGAGAGGGGUUAAGAUCGGGUAUCGGCUCCUGAACCUCGUCAAGGGCGUCUUGGCGGAGAUGGGCUACCGCGUGGACGGCAAGAAGGGGAAGGCGGACGCGGAGGGGGAGGAUAUUGAGUUCAUGGGCAGGGCUCUUCGAGGGCGGCUUGCUAGGGAGAAUAAAAAUGCGGGGGCUGCGGUGAAGGAAUUGUCUUGGGCGGAUGCGCAGAGAUUGCUCGCGGCGAUACAUCAGUUCUUUCAGGAGUUACCUCCCCACCUCCGAGCCGCGGAGGCGAAAGCCAGAGUUAAGGUCGUCUCGUGGAACUCGCAGCUGCAGCGGGUUGAGGAAGAACUGUUUCCUGAGCUCACGGAGGCGAUUGGCGACUGGCUAACAGGUUUCCUUGACGAGAAGCUAAAGAGUCUGGAAGAAUGUAGUCUCUGGGAUAUAUGGUACACCGGCUCUACACCAUUCCCAUCAGAGUUACUCAACCCCUCCCCGCGGGCAUCAAUCAUCUCAGCCCUUCUCCACCCUCACGAGUACGCGCGAUUCCAGGCUGACCCCGAGUCCCUCGAGCUCGAAAUCGGGGAAACCCAAGACGCGCCGAUGCUCUGGGAGCUCCCCGACACGAGCAUCCUGUUCCGACGGUACCUGGAGGGCGGGAAGAUGCUCAACGUGUACGACUGGUACGAGGCGUUCGCGCUCGAGCUGGAGACUCAAAGAAAGGAGAUGCGAAAGCGGCUGGCGGCUGAAGCCGGUCCUUCCACGCCAAAGAAGAACAAGGGGAAAGGUAAGGCGCGGGAGUUGGACGAGCAGAUGGAGAUGGACGGGGAGGACGACGAUGAGGAGCAGUGGCGGAUGCAGAUUCAGGCGCGCUUCAUCCGGGCGCUGCAUGAGCUGGAUUACGCGGGGUUCAUCAAGCACACUGGAAGGAAGGCGGAUCAUGUCCUCCGGACGGUGUUCGAUGUCUUGGAUUGA